AAUAGAUUAGAAAUUCUCUCAAUUGUACGGAUAAUUUUUAACUUCUGAAUAGUAAUAUUUUAAUUAAAUUAUCGCAAUGAGUAGUAAACGUGGUGAUGGUGGACGUCGCACGCGCGCACAGAAACAUCAGAAUACGUUUGCUUUCAAAAACGAUUUGCACGAUAAACAUACGCCACUGAUAAAACUUAUUAAUACGCUGAACGUCUGUGAGGUUUGCGAACGCUGCAAGGAGGUGAUAGAGUGGAAAAUUAAGUACAGAAAAUACAAACCCUUGACACAGCCGAAAUCAUGCAAUAAAUGUAACGAACGUAAAGUUAAACGGGCGUACCAUGUUCUUUGUCGGGACUGUGCUCUUGCCAGCAGAUGUUGCGCGAAAUGCCUUGCUCCCGCAGAUAAAACUGCUAUUAUUCCGCCGGAACCGACGGAGGAAGAGAAGUUAAAACUUAAGGUCGAGAUGGAUCAAUUAAUCAAGUCUCUACCAGAACGGAAGAGAAGAACCUUCUUACGCUACAUGAACAAAGGCAAAAAGAAAGAAGAUAAACAUUCCGAUGAAGACGAAGAAUGUCAGCGAGGGAAAAAACAGCCGGAAACCGUGGCACGUACGAGGGAAGAAUUGAUGGAAAAGUUCGAACAACUGAAAGUAACCGCAACUGAGGAGGAUGGUUCAUUUUCGGAUGAAGAUUACUCCGACUUUAGUGAUAAUGAUCUAUCUGAUUGAAAAUGUUUGCCUUUUUUGCUACUUGUAUAAAUGAUAUCCUGUAAUCAAUUAAUAAAGGAGUUCUUUUUCAAUGAUUGAAAAGCAUCAAAUAACUCACUUGCGUUUAUGAAUUUU